CGCAUUGGUACAGAACGGCCAGUUAGUUCAAAGGACUUGCAUUGUGUUGCGAAGGAAUGGAGGAGAAGGUAACCAAAUCUUAUAGUGAAGCUAAAAAGAGAACAGAUUUUCCGAGCAAUAAUGCAGGAACUGGUCAGGACCCUGCCCUCAACAGGAGCUAUAAGACAAUUCUGAAGGAUACCUUUCAUACAAUACCUUCAAACAACAUCCUUGCAUGGUUUGAAGUUCAUUGGCGACCGGACCAUAAGUGAAAGCGAGCGCUUUUUCUUUCUAUUCGCUUUCAUCGUCUCAGUGCUCACUUCAUCUUAUUACAUUUCGGCUAUCUAUAUUAAGUGGCAUUCAACCCCUUUGCUGAUUACAACCAGCUCAACGUCAACAUCGAUUUCGAGUAUCCCGUUUCCCGCGAUCACAAUUUGCAAUUUAAAUCAAGCCAAGAAAAGUUUAGUGGAUCAUAUCAAACCGGGCAUGGAAGACUAUACAAACUUGCAAACAUUAUGUAAAAAUGAGCAAGGGCUUCACAUGGACAAUUUAACUGAAACCGAUAAUUGGGAGCAUUUUCGAAGUUUUAUAUUGAAGGCGUCACAACCCUGUGAAGAGAUGCUGCUUUCAUGCCGAUAUGGAUCUGUGGAGAAGGAUUGCAGGGAUGUAUUUGAAUCAACUUUAACUGAUGAAGGACUCUGUUGUACCUUCAAUGUUGUGCACCCUGACUUCAUGCUCACCGAGUACAGCCGAGACAACGUUGUUGAUCCUAAUGCUUACGUCAACAUAAUAACUCCCAUCAAUUGGACCCCCGAAGGUGGAUUUCAAGAAGAUUUGCCCGAUGACUAUUUUCCUAGAAAGGCUAUAGGAACUGGGGUUAAUAUGGGCUUAAGUUUGGUUAUAAAUGCUUCUACCAACGACUAUUAUUGUUCUACCUCACGGAGUGUAGGAUUUAAGAUGUCGUUGCAUAAUCCCACAGAAAUGCCUAAAAUUGCUAACUACGGAUAUCUUCUCUCUGCUGGUCUUGAAACCCACGUCGUUAUACACCCAACACUACACAACGCCGCCAACAACAUUCGAAGGAUCCGAAAAGCGGCCAGGCACUGUCUUUUUGCAGAUGAGGUGAAGCUGAAGUUCUAUCGCACCUACACCAAAGGAAACUGCGAACUAGAAUGUGAAUCGGACCGUAUGGAGCACGAAUGUGGAUGCGUUACUUACUACUUGCCUCGAUCUUCGAAAAACACUGUUGUUUGUGGUCUAAAAGAUUUUGAAUGCGUACGUCGGGUGCAAUACGCAUCGGAAUCCUUGCUCGAUGAAGAUACAAGCUGCGCUCGAUGCGUGCCAGGAUGUGUAUCGUUGAACUAUUUGCCUGUCAUUAGCGGGACAGAAUUGUUGAAGGAAGACUUUAUUCUAAAGGAAAAUUUUAGCAAUCCAGAUAUAAAUAUAGAAGAGCUGGCGGUUAUUCACUUUUUCUAUGAGUUUAAUUCGUUCCGAGCGAGGACGAAGGAAGAGUUCCUUGGAUUUGCUGACUUUCUAGCGAAUAGUGGAGGAAUUCUUGGACUUUUCCUGGGCUUCAGUAUGCUAUCAGUUAUCGAACUCUUAUACUUCAUGUUCUUGCUGCCGCAUACAAUCAUCAAAAACUACUUCAGCAGAAAGAAAGAUAUUCACAAAGAGGAAGAUAUAUCCGAAGCUUCAACUUCCGUUUUCAAUUCAAAUAUAUCCGGAAUUGGAUCUUUUCCAUCGAAUCCUUAUGAUCCGAAACUUCGACGAUACGGUGGGGAUUUUCGUACAUCUUAUGGAUAUUAUGGUCAACCAGGAACAUUGAAAGUUAAGGGUGGUAAAAAAGUUACCGUGGAAAAUAAUAGAGAUAUGCCAUUUCCUUAUUAUGAUUAAAUUUUACCUUCGCACUUUUAACUUUUUCCUAUAUAAAAUAACCGUUAUCCUUGAGUUUAAACGUAUGUGUGAGAAUUUCAACUCGAACUAUCAAUAAAGUUACU